GCAUCACAACAGUUCCACACUCAUUCCCGAACGCCCCCUAAAUCAAACAAUUCCCAAAUCCCAAGCCGAGCUCUCAUCAUCUUCGAUCAAAACACUCAUGGGAGGAGGAGCAGACCAUGGACACGGAGCGGAAGGGGCCCACGGCCCUGCUGAUUUUAGGAGCAAGGUGUGGAGCAUGUCGGGAGGUCCGAAUUGCAGACCUAAGCACUGGCGCCGCAACACGGCCAUCGCCAUGGCCGGCAUCUUCCUUAUCUGCAUACCCAUCGCCAUGAAAUCCGCCGAGCUCGAGCAACGGCCUCAUCACCCUGUUCGUCCAAUUCCAUCACAGCUCUGGUGCAAGAAUUUUGGAAAUAAAGAGUACUAAAACUACCAUUGGCCAUUGCUUGGUCGGUUGGUCUGGCUGUUUGGGUAACCACUCUGUUUGUGUUGAUUAAAUAUGUGAGCGCCGUUUUACAUCUUGAUUCAGAACUGUUGGAAUAAGAUUUCAUGUCGACAAACUAUGGAUGUGGGUUAUUAUAGCUCUGAUUUUAUUGUCAAUAACUUUCUAAAACUCCUGUUUACAGUCAUCAAUGGAAUGUGUCGAAAGUUAUGUUUUGUGUAGUUUA